AUUAGCAACACGACGGAACAAAUGAGACGAAGGCGGCCACUCGAAGAAGCCCACAUCGACGUCUCUUUUAAAUUACUUUAUCGAAAACCCCCUUACUUUUGACCCUCUUGUUCUUUUUUAAAAAGAGAGAUUCCCGUCGUAACCCAGCGGACACUUACGAGCUACGAUCGCUUCUGUCUAAACCAGAACCCAUGAAAUUGCCCUAUAUAUACACCACCUUUGUCUUUCGCUCCCUCGCCGAAACCUGCUUCUUUUCCCCUUCCGACCAUGGCUUUGUUCCGACUCUUCGCGCUGUGGUCGCUGGCCAUAUGCUUCUGCCUCUGUCCUCACACGACGUCAGCUCAGCUGAGGCAGAACUUCUACGCCAACGUCUGCCCGAAUGUGGAGGGCAUCGUGCGCAAUGCCGUUCGACAGAAGUUCCAGCAAACAUUCGUCACUGUCCCCGGAACUCUUCGUCUCUUUUUCCAUGAUUGCUUCGUCCAGGGUUGUGAUGCUUCGGUGAUAGUGGCGUCCACCUCAACCAACAAGGCGGAGAAGGAUCAUCCAGACAACCUGUCGUUGGCCGGAGAUGGGUUCGACACUGUGAUAAAGGCGAAGGCGGCCAUCGACGCAGUUGCGAGCUGCCGGAACAAGGUCUCGUGCGCGGACAUCCUAGCCAUGGCCACCCGAGAUGUCAUCGCACUGUCGGGAGGGCCGUCCUAUGCAGUGGAAUUAGGGAGAUUGGACGGGCUGAGUUCAACGGCGGCGAGCGUCAAUGGGAGGCUCCCUCAUCCGACCGACAACCUUAGCCAGCUCAACGCCUUGUUUGCUGCUAAUGGCCUCUCCCAAACUGACAUGAUCGCACUCUCAGCUGCCCACACGCUCGGAUUCUCCCACUGCGACAAAUUCUCGAACCGGAUAUACAACUUCAGCCGCCAGAAGCCGGUGGACCCGACCCUGAACCCGAACUACGCGACCCAGCUACAGGGCAUGUGCCCCCGGAACGUCGACCCGAGGAUAGCCAUAAACAUGGACCCGAACACCCCCCGGACCUUCGACAACAUGUACUUCAAGAACCUGCAAAACGGGAAGGGCCUUUUCACCUCGGACCAAGUCCUCUUCACUGACCCGCGGUCAAAACCCACCGUGAACGCAUGGGCCAGUAACUCCCGGGCCUUCCAGAGCGCCUUCGUCUCCGCCAUGACCAAGCUGGGCCGGGUUGGGGUCAAGACCGGGAAGAACGGAAACAUCCGCCGCGACUGCGCCGUAUUCAAUUGAUGAUCCGAUCAAUCGAGGAAGACAGCAAAGAGUAUGACGAGAAACGUGUUUAAUUUUGGUUUCGUUUAGUUAGCGAGGAAAGAAAAGUGAAAAAAAACGAUACAUCUGAUUUAUGAAUUUGGGUUUCGAUGUAAGUGCAGAAUGUCGUUGAAUAAAGCACUUAUGAGUUGGGAUGACGAAUUCAACUGA